AUGACGGACAAGCUACCCCCGCCACUUUUGGCACUAUUCCAGCCCCGUCCACCCCUUCGAUAUCUGCCUCCAAGCGAUCGCGCACCAGAUGACUGCCAAAAGAGCACUAUCUCUGGAGUUUCCCAGUUCCUGGCCGAUGCUAAAGCUUUCGCUGAGGAAGUUCCCUACAAUGCAACCGAAAGCGUGAUGCAGCGCAAAUUGCGCGAGAAAGUUGAGAAGAAAGAGAACCUAGAGAAGCAGAUAGCGGAAGGACUGCAAAACUACAAUCCGGACAAAGAUCCUCAAGUUCGAGGUGACCCAUUCAAAACCAUCUUUGUUUCACGUCUCAGUUAUGAAACCAAAGAAGCCGACCUGGAACGAGAGUUUGGCCGAUUCGGUCCCAUUGAAAGAAUUACCAUUGUCAAAGAUACAGUAUCAGACAAGAAAAAGAAACCCCACCGAGGCUAUGGAUUCGUCGUGUUUGAGCGCGAGAAAGAUAUGAAAGGUAUCACCACCACGCCAAUUUACUUGGCACUAAACUCACUUGUUUAUCUGUCUUGUGCGGCCUACAAAGACACAGAGAACUUCAGUAUCAGAGGACGACCAGUCGUGGUGGAUGUCGAGCGUGGCCGCACCACCAAGGGGUGGAAGCCCCGUCGCCUUGGUGGCGGCCUCGGAGGGCGCGGAUACACCAAGGUCCAGCCUCGCGGUGGGCUUGGUUUCAACGCACCAUCUGGACCGGGAGGCGGAUUCCGCGGGGGCUUCGGUGGCAGAGGUGGAGGUUACCGUGGAGGAGGUUUCCGCGGUGGCGGUGAUCGCUUUGGCGGUCCUCGCGGCGGUAUCGGAUACCAGGGCAACCGUGGCGGCUUCGGUGGACAGGCUCCCCCUAACGCGCCCUCCGGCCCUGGCGGUGGACGCAGCGGAGGUUUCAGAGGUGGUGGCUUCGGCGGUGACCGCGGUGGAGGCAGAUUCGACCGUGGUGCAACCGGCAGCAAUUCGGAGCCUGUGCGGCCUAGAGAUAGCUAUGCUGACCGUGACCGCCGCGACUAUGACCGCGAUGACCGUUACAGAGAUCGUGAUCGUGACCGCAUGGGAGACCGCAAUGGAGACCGAUUCCGGGACCGGGACCGUGAACGUGGUGACAGGUAUGGCGGCGGCGGCCGGGAGGAUUAUGGACGCAAGCGAAACCGUGAGGAUGAACCCGGAUACGAUGACCCCCGUUCCAGGAGAAGGUACUAA